AUGCUUCCCCAAGAAAUCAUUGUAACCAUUGCAAAUAAUCUUUCAACAAAAGAUCGAAUCACAUGCACUUCUGUCUGCAGAUCAUGGAAGGAUCCUUUUCAACGAGCUUUGUGGAAACACAUUGAAAUGAAAACCAGAGAAAGACUCUGGAUGAUUUGUUACGAAGCAAGCCAACAGGGCAAUAAAUACCACUCCAAUGGUCACUGCACGCACGACUUUUGCAUCUCAUUCCAUGAAAGUAUCGACAAUGAAGAUUUCUAUACACUCUUAAAAGUAUUCCCGAGUCUAAGAAGCCUUAAAAUUGUAGCCGACCUAUCACCAACAAUUACCCUCAAAAGAGAACCAGGAAAUAUCUUUUGGAAAGCACUGACGGUUCUUGACAUCGUGCCACCCAGAUAUAACGAUGAAACUGAUAUCAAAGAAUUCGCGAACCUCUUGUCAUUUACACCUAAUGUUAAACGUCUGACGAUCUUACAGAGCCCUCAGGGAGGUGUGGAAUGUACUUGGAAUGACCUUGAAGUAAUCCACGAUUGUCUACCACUGCUCAAUCAUUUGGAAAUUUAUACAAACCUCUCAGACUUUGAGAGCAAAGACGCGGCUGAUUUUACUCAAAUUAAGCCAACAAGAGUAACCUCUCUAAUUAUACAUAGCUAUGACCAGUGCAUAUUUUGGGUGUACUAUUUCGCUUGCAAGUACCCAAAGGUACACACUAUCAAAUGCAGCUUACUCGGAGACCUUGCUGAAGGUGAGGAGACAGACAGUGUGUGCGCCAAAUUAAAAAACCUUUCGUCUCCCUUCCAACACCUCAAAACAUUGGAGACAAACACCAACCUGACGGAAAUAUAUAAGAAUGAUGUGUUCUAUACUCUACUCGAUCAGAAUGGAGUAAAGUUGAAAGAUGUGACAUGUAUUCUUGGCUGGGGUAACGAUACCUUUAUCUAUUCAAGAAUGCGUGAUCUUUUUGAUGUAACUUUAACAAGUAUCCUCAGUAAGAUACGUGGAAGUGUCGAACGCCUUUCGAUCAACUGUCCGACGAUACUGAAACUAGAUAGUUUGCUUUUGAGCAUCAGUCUUUGCACAACCUUGGUCGACCUACAAUUGUGUGUAAAAUCAGAAACCGUUUUACUGGAGCAUAUUAUACGAUGCUUUCCAUCCCUGAAAAGACUUGCGAUACGUAGCCACAGCGGGUUAAGUAUUCUAAAUAAUUCAAAAAAAAUGGCACACAAUAGUCUCGAGACGCUGGAACUAAGCAUGGUGACAAUCUCACAAGACGUAUUGAGAACAAGUUCACAAAACAUGACAAAUCUGAAAAGAAUGGUUUUAGAGGAUGUAACUAUAGAAGGACAUCUAUCUAAAGAAAACGGGGAAUUCUGUAUUGAUAUGUCAAGUACACGUUUUGAUUACCUAAAACUUAAAGAUGUACAUUUUCAUUACUACUACCAUUUGAGAAGUUGUUUUUGUAUCAACUUCUCUUCUGUACUCCAAUCAGAUUAUCAAGAGCAGCGAGAAUCUGAGAAAAGAAGGUUUAUGUUUAGUAGACAGUAUUUUGAAUCACGCAAGCUAGAGAUGAAGAAUAAACCUAACCCAGAUCGCCAACACAAUUCCUGUCAGGGACAUCUUGGCAAUGAUAUGUGGAGAGAUGAUCUUUCUCGCGGCUAUGCUACAUUACGAUGUAAAGGUGUUGAGACACUUAACAUACAUGGGUGUGCAGCCCAUAAUAUUUUUCCAGAAUAA